GGAAGCCGGGGCGGGGCGUGCACGUCAGCUGGGGCUAGAAAAGGCGGCGGGGACGGGCCCAACGAGGUGACAGCCGCACUUGGACAGAUCCCGGCCCGACGCCGCCAUGAGCGCUGCGCUCUUCAGCCUGGACGGCCCGGCACGCGGCGCGCCCUGGCCCGCGGAGCCAGCGCCCUUCUACGAGCCAGGCCGGGCAAGCAAGCCCGGCCGCGGGGCCGAGGCGGGGCCCCUGGGAGAUACGGGCGCCGCCGCCCCUGCUAUGUACGACGACGAGAGCGCCAUCGACUUCAGCGCCUAUAUCGACUCCAUGGCCGCCGUUCCCACCUUGGAGCUGUGCCACGACGAGCUCUUCGCUGACCUCUUCAACAGCAACCACAAGGCGGGCGGUGCAGGCAGCGCGGGCGCCCUGGAGCUGCUGCCUGGCGGGCCCGCGCGGCCCCUAGGCCCGGGCCUCACCGUCCCGCGCCCCCUCAAGCGCGAACCCGACUGGGGCGACAGCGACGCACCGGGCUCGCUGCUGCCCGCGCAGGUAGCUGCAUGCGCGCAGACCGUCGUGAGCUUAGCUGCAGCCGCACAGCCCACGCCGCCCACGUCGCCUGAGCCUCAGCGAGGCAGCCCGGGGCCCGGCCCCGCGCCCGGCCUUACCCGAGAGAAGGGCGCGGGCAAGCGGGGUCCCGACCGCGGCAGCCCAGAGUACCGGCAGCGGCGCGAGCGCAACAACAUCGCCGUGCGCAAGAGCCGCGACAAGGCCAAGCGGCGCAACCAGGAGAUGCAGCAGAAGCUGGUGGAGCUGUCGGCCGAGAACGAGAAGCUGCACCAGCGCGUGGAGCAGCUCACGCGGGACCUGGCCGGCCUCCGGCAGUUCUUCAAGCAGCUGCCCAGCCCUCCCUUUCUGCCGCCAGCCGGUACCGCCGACUGCCGGUAACGCGCGGCCGGGGCCGGCAGAGACUCAGCAACGACCGAUACCUCAGGCCCGACGGGCCGCAGCGGAGUGCGCGCUGCCCUGGCCGCGAGAGCCGCCCGGAGCCGGCUGUACUUUCUUUGCGACGUGGGAGGGAAAGGAAACCACAGCCUGGACUUACGCCACUGAACCGCGAGAGAAGCUAUACGUGUUUAUUUUCCCUAAAUUAUUUUUAUAAUGAUAGCUUUUUCUACAUCUUACUCUUGUCGAUGCAGCUAAGUGACUCCCGCCAGGAAAGGGCGUGUCCAGGACCUGGCGUGUGGUGAGGACCUGGGAACCUUGGGACCAGGUGUGUUGUUCAUACGGGUUAGUUGGGCGUCUUAGAGGAAGGGGCUGGGGCUGGUGCUUUUGAAACCUGCCAGCCACCUCCGCAUGUUCUGUGAAGCUGAUAGCGCAUGUUAGGCUGGCAGCUUCGCUGUAGAAAGUGUGCCCUGCAAAGCACCGUCUUAGACUUGGGUGAGAGGCUUGCUGAUUUGAGGGCCCUGCUGAGAACAGCCAAGAGCUCCCCAACUUUAGAUGGAUGGUUGAGGGGUGAAGGGGUAGAUAGAGGAGGUCUCAGUGAUCCACGGAAACCUAUCUGAUCAGUCUUGGGCUGUCUGUCGUGGGACUCAGCUUUCACUUUCCUGGGUGCUGUGGCUAACCGUGGAGUAAGUUUUCAAAGUGAGCAUGUAGUUAGUAGACAAAAAAGAAGGUUGCAAACCUACUUAAAACUGUCCAUCUUGCCAGGAAAUCUAGCAUUUCAAGGCUGAAAAACUAAAUACUGCUACCUGCCUUCCCCUAAGAGGACCGGGUAUUAGCAGGUACUUUUGGUGUUGGCAGCCAAGUGUAUAUUAUGUAAUUAAUUAUCCGUGGUCUGUUACUGUAUUGCUAAAAGGAAGAAAACAAAAUCUUCAGUGUUCAAAUAUAAUUAAUUUGUGGCUUUACUUGUAAUUCAGAUCUGGGCCAAGAAAGCUAAGGAUAACACACUGCUUUAAGUCUGUGUAGUCUUCCUCUCCGUGCAUUUACCCAGCAUGACUGAACAGGCCUGGUGAAGUGAGUUGCCUGUCCACCUAUCACCACAUGGGAUGAACUUUUCUACACAUUAUGGUAACAUUUUCACCUCUGACACAGUUCCCCAGAACAUUUUCCCCAAAAUACUAAACUGCAAAGUGCUUGGUUUGGACACUUAUUUAUUGCAGCAUGAAAGUAAUGUCACACUAUGGGACAAAGGUUUAAGCUUUGUGGGGUAUUUGGAGGAAAUACAAAGGAAAAAGUGAUAAAUCACUGUAAAAAUUAAAUAAAGU